AUGGCUCCUGGAGAUCUGGUAGAUCUGGAAAAUCUGGCAAAUCUGGAAAAUCCGGAAAGUCAGGAAAAUCAAAGAAAUCGGGAAAGAAUUCAGAGAAAUCGGGAAAAUCAUGCAAAUCUGGGAAGUCAGGCAAAUCGAGAAAAUCUAGAAUAUCUUGCUCAUUCCGAAAGGCUAAAAAAUCGAAAAGCUCAUCCACUAGAUCGCAGGGGUCCGAAAGGAAUGUUAGUGAACGGUCAAAACAAAGGAAGAUCCGAUCGAAGAAAUCUCAUUCGCGUCAACCGUCACAAGACGUCACAAAGCAGCUCUCCAAGUUAUGAGCGGUGCUCCGCAUGCGGACCA